UCGUAUCGUUCGUGGCUAUUGAGAUUAGAAGGUCCUACGUUAUUAUCUUCCGGGCCACUGGCUAAGGAAGACGAGCUGAAGCAACUACGUAACAUAGCAUUAGAUGCGACUCUCCCUUUUCGACCCUCUAGAUAUCUCGGCGUGCUUAAUAAACGGUAGACCUCGCCAAGUCGGAAUUCUGGCAUGAGAUAUCUCCUUGGAUACAACGUUACCCUACUACAGCAAGCACCAACACAAACACCAACGCAAGAGAGAUCGUCUAAGGUGUGUAGCAUAACCGGUACACCGGUAUCCUAACAAACGAAUCAAGCUAGUCGUUGUAAUCAUGGUUGGAAUACCAAAGAGUAAUCGUUGCACCUUUUGCAAACUACGGAAGACAAAGUGUGAUGAGAACUGGCCAACAUGCGGUGCAUGUGCUCGGGCUGGCAGGGUCUGCUCCGGGGCACGAAACAAUUACAAGUUCGUAGUGAACGGCUGCCACAAUGAAUCAACCAAUUCGGAUGGCGCCAGCGAAACCUCCGAUAGCAGUAGUCAGAUUCAAAGUCAACGACCGCGAGGAACUAACCCAAAUGGCACGAUGAUCAUCGACAUGAAGGAGUAUACCGCCGCCAUGGGACCCGGCACGUUCCACCGGAUGCGGCUUACACGCCCACGUCACGCUAGGAACGCCAAAUCUAGUACGCCGACACCAUCCCCUACACCAUCGCCGACACCUUGCCCGGCCAUGGACGCUUCAGAUCGACUAGCAGCCCAAUUAGUGUAUUGCUUAGAGUCUGCAUCUGGGACGGGUCGUGAUAUGCUGAUAUGGGGUCCUUCAGUGUGGAUGAUACCGCAGAGACUAGGAUCAGAAAGCCCAGUAUUGCGAGACACAGUCAAGUUGGUUGUCGCAUCUUGGGCUAACAGCCAACGGGGUACGCUACCACCAGAAGCGUGGUUGGAUUUACGACUGCAUACGCAAGCUUUAGGGAGUCUGAGAAAGGCUCUCCAAGAACCGGGACAAGACUUGGUGACGGACACAAUAGCGGCGCAAUGGUUGCUGCAGAAGCUUGAGCUCACAUACGACUUCGAACGGGGCGCAAACCAAGAGCGUCACGCUGCUGGACUGACCGCUGUCGUUAGUAGGGGUGGCCACUGGCAAAGCUUCGAUGAAUUAGGACUUCACGCCACCUUCGACAGCUUUUUCAAUAUGCUGCAAGAAGAUGUACGUCUGGGGAGAGACUGCGUAUUCAUGCACCCGGAAUGGGCAACAGCUUUCAGACAAGCAAUAGAUUUUAACACGACGCGGCCCGUUAUCAAGGCCAUGUACCGUUUAUGGGUCGAGAUGACGACUUGGCCGACCCUAGUAAGACUCGUCCGGACGCUAUGUCAAGACCCUACAGAUACUAUGACCGCAGCCGAGCUUGUACUCAGAGCCGCACCGGUGAUAGAGUACCUCCAGCACGAGAACGAAACAACACUACAAUCACUGAUAGAGUCAGGGGAUAUAACCGAGGUAGACAACUUACUAAACCCAGACUUAUUCCCAACAUGCUACCAGUUUCGCGACAUAGACACUGCGAAGCUAUUCUAUACUCACGCCAUGUACGGCAUCAUUAUCCAUCGGACCCUGCAAGAGGCGGACCUUGCCUUAGAAAACUACAACCCGAGCGUGAUGAAGCGGUGCAGGGAAUACAGUAAACGAAUAUGGAUGUCAUACUGCUGGAUGAGUGCGAAGAUACCGCUCGCCGUCGAAUAUACAGCCGCUCUGGUAUUUUCUUUCGAAUCGGCAAACGAAGAAGAACGAGAGUUCUGCAUGAGAAGUCUAGGGGAUCUGGAAUAUUACAGGAGGCCGCCACCGGUGGGUCGAUGGAUAGACGCAACUAUUAUGGCUAAUGUAAAGGGGUAUACUGGCCGUCUACCCUUUCUUAAGAGCCGGGACAUAACUAUCGAAAUGUGUGGAAUAGGCUGCCGGAGCUAACAGGGCACAUGGAUAUUUUGAACUCACACGCGGGCUAGGCUAAUGGUAAAAGAGUACAAGAGUUUUUGGUAAUCUGAUAUCAUUGCACUGUACAUGAUAUCGUCUUCCCUAUUCCGUAAGACAAGUGUGGGAUAUUGAGUGAUAUGCAAUAAGUUAUAUUCAUCACUCCCAGAAUCCACAUUCCUGGUUUUUAAAUAUGGG